AUGGAAGAAGUAAGGCUACAUGGAUUUUGGCCAAGCCCUUAUGUGUACAGAGUGAUAUGGGCACUGAAGCUGAAGGGUGUUCAAUAUGAGUACAUAGAAGAAGACCUCUCCAAUAAAAGCCAGGCUCUUUUACAGUACAAUCCAGCUCACAAGAAGGUCCCUGUGCUUGUUCAUGGCGGCAAACCAGUUGCAGAAUCACUGAUUAUCCUAGAAUACAUCGAAGAAACAUGGAGUCAGAACCCUUUGCUGCCUGCAGAUCCUCAUGAGAGAGCCAUGGCUCGAUUCUGGAUUGAUUUUGGACAGCAAAAGUGUCGCACAUUUUUCUCAUUCUAUCUGGCUACUGAAGAGGAUAAAGAAAAGGAAACAAAAGAAGUACUGGAGAUUCUGAAAAUUAUUCAAGAUCAGGCUCUAGGAGAUAAGAAAUUUUUUGGUGGCAAUAAAAUUGGAUUAUUGGACUUAUCAUUUGGCUGGCUUGCUCAUUGGUUUGAAUGCACACAAGAAGUUGUGGGCAUACAAAUUCUGGAACAUAGUAUUUUGCCUCGAUUAUAUGAAUGGACUGUGAAUUUUAAGGAAGAACCAGUGAUUAAGGAAAAUCUACCAGACAGCAGCAAGUUGCUGACACAUUUUAGAUGGCUUAAAGAAAAGUUUUCAUCACCAAAUCCUAAGUGA